AUGGCUUCUACCUCCGCCGUGUCAUUGUUCAUGCCACUUACCCAAAACCGUUUAUCGUCGUCGGCAAAACCAAUUGCCUUAGUUAAGCCAUUGCUUUUGAAGCCAUCUAAGGCGUCAUCCUCCUCCUUAGCGAGGCCUUCACGGAGCUUUCAAGUGAAAGCAUCUAACAUGAAGAUGGAGAAGGCUGUGAGCGGCUUAGCAGCAGCAGCUCUCACCGUUUCAAUGGUGAUCCCUGAGGUGGCUGAAGCCGCAGGCUCAGGAGUCUCUCCUUCUCUCAAGAACUUCUUGCUUAGCAUUGCUGCGGGAGGAGUGGUGCUCACAGUCAUCAUCGGUGUGGUUGUUGGUGUCUCCAACUUUGAUCCUGUUAAGAGAGGCUAA